UAGUAGUAUUUAGUACUCCGUAUUUUUUUUGAUGAUUGUAUCUUCAAAAAAAUGGAUGUUUGUGGAAAAGUACAAAAAUAGCUAAGUUUGUGUAAUUUGUGUCCCAGUAAUUUGUGACUCUAGCGUUACUCCUGUCAAAGUUGUGGUUUUGCUUAAUAUUUGCCAAUCAAAUCAAUCGUAUAAAUCUUCCCAAUCAUCCACCGCCCAGAAAAACCUCCGAAAAGUCGGAUCUUUUACCAUAUUCUUGUUGAAUCAGCUCUGUAAUUAGCUAUCUCCAUGGCUGCAUCCCUUUCGAUGCUAGCAUCUCUACUUGUACUUCUUAUUUCUCCUUCGAAUUCUCAGCCAAAUUCCAGCGGAGAAUAUAUCUCCGUGGAAAUAUCCAACAAGGGUCUGGAUUUUGCCAAGAAUCUAUUGGUUGAAACUGCGGAAUCUUCGCUGGUGCCACUUGAGCUGCCUGAGAUCAAGAAAUCUGUGAGCAUCCCAGUCGUGGGGAAAGUUGAGAUGCUUCUUUCUGAUAUUGUUAUAGACAGGAUUGAUGUGAAUUCGUCCACUGUUAGAACUGGGAAUUCUUGCAUCAUUAUGGCUGUUUCUGGUGCCACUGGCAAUAUGACUAUGAAGUGGAAGUAUUCCUAUGACACUUGGUUGCUUCCUGUUACUGUCACUGAUGAAGGAGAUGCCUCUGUUCAGGUUGAAGGUAUGGAAAUCGCUCUUACUCUCAGUCUGCAAAAUAAAAAUGGAUCUCUUUCACUCUCUCUUCUGGAAUGUGGAUGCUUUGUGGAAGAUAUUUCUGUGACCUUGGAUGGGGGAGCUUCUUGGCUAUAUCAAGGGGUUCUAGAUGCCUUUGAAGGUAAACUAAUCUCUACCGUUGAAGAUGCAAUCACAAAGAAAAUAGGAGAUGGUGUUUUGAAGCUUGAUUCGGUUCUGCGGUCUCUUCCCAAGGAAGUUCAGGUCACCAAAAUUGCUUCUAUGAAUGCCACUUUCGUUGGGGAUCCGGUGAUUAGCAAUUCUUCUGUUGCACUUGCAAUCAGUGGUUUAUUUGGUGAUUCAGAUAAAAGUAUGUACCGUGGGCAGCAGUCACCUUCCAUUGUCUGCAAGGAUUCAAAUGAAAUGGUUACAAUGUUCUUGCACGAAAAUGUCAUUAAGUCGGUGUUGUCUGUAUAUUUCAAGGCCGAUAAGAUGCAGUGGGUUGUGGAUCAAGUACCUGACCAGUCCCUACUAAACACUGCUGAGUGGAGGUUCAUUGUCCCCAAGCUGUACAAACAAUACCCUAAUGAUGACAUGAGCCUGAAUAUUUCCGUAACCUCAACGCCGAGUGUCAACAUUGAAGAACGGAAGAUGUACGCGACUAUUCCUGCUGAUAUCAUCAUAAAUGUCAAACAUCAGGGUGAAGUCGUACCUGUUGCGUGCAUUUCAGUGGAAAUCAACGGAUGGGUUUUUGCAGCGGUGUCGAAUGGCAGUGUGGCAGGCAGUGUCAAGUUAGAUAACAUUGCCAUGGCUUUGAAAUGGAGCAACAUUGGCAAUCUCCACUUGUUUCUUGUUCAGAGAGUAGCAUCCACCCUGCUGAAGACUGUGGUGCUACCACUAGUGAACUUGCGGCUGGAGAUGGGAUAUCAUCUGCCAUUUUUCCAUGGUUAUGAGCUCCGGGACGCUCAAAUCUUCUUCUCCGAUUCCUGGAUCACAAUAUGCAGCGAUGUGGCCCCCGUCAAAAACUUUAACCUCCCCACUGGCCGGGCAAUUUUUACUGCAGCAGCAGCAUCACAAGGACACAUUGUGAUGUAGAAAUUCACGGUGCAUUCAACCGUGAAAGUGUAAAGUAAACUUUUUCUAUUAGGUUUGGUGUCUGUCUUGUUCUUUGGGUAAAUUUUCUUCACUUGUAGCAGCAGCAUCAUCAUCAUAUGGGUAAUUUUUUUUUCAUUUUCAUUAUUUUUUUUGUAUCUGUGCUCCACACAUCUUAUUCUGUGUAAUUUGGGUUCAGAAGCAGUAUAAAAUUUAGAGUUUGUA